AAAGUGAAGCAAAAGCACAUCGAUAAGAGAAAGCAUUCCUCCUCAAUCAACGCUCACUAUGUCUACAAUUGGCUCCUUAGUUUUCUGUACAGACUGCGGUUCUUUGCUUGAAGGCUCCGUCGGGGAUCCAACAAGGAUCUUGGUUUGUGACGUCUGCGGAACCCGCAACAAAGAUACUGUACCGAAAACGAUUGUCUCUGAGUCCAAACCGAGCUCUUUCCCGUCAUCGCUGCGCGCGAAGCGGUCCGCGAUCCAAACUUUGACACAAGCGGACAAAAGAACGGAAGCUUUAAUUGAGAAGGACUGCCCCAAGUGUGGGAGGAAGGAAAUGUACUUCACUACAGUACAACUGCGCAGUGCCGAUGAAGGAAGUACCGUUUUCUAUACCUGUGUUUGCGGAUACAAGGAAACCACGAACAAUUAAUACCCAGAAUAUCUAUUUGCAUUGCUAGAAGACCAAUAAUAAUCUUCGCCGUGACCUUCUCCGUGCCAAUCAAGCAGCAGGCACUGCAGCAGGGUUACCAGAGUCUGGAAUCAACGCAUACUCAAUCUCCCCAUUCUUCUCAAACUCUGCCAUGUCAAGAGCCACGAUAAUACUGUCUCUCACAACCUUUUCUGGGUCAUUCAAGAACUUCUUCAAAGUGUCCUCCACGCCUUCGACGUCACCUAGACUGCCAAGUGCCUCUGCAGCUUCGUGUCGCACCAUACCAACUUCGUUUAAGUCGCUAAGGGUUUCUGUAAGGCUUGGUACUGACGCCGGGUGGCAAAGCUGACCGAAAACGAAUGCGAUCUCGUGACGGAAAAGAGCGGAGGGAUCUUUCAUGCCCUUUGCGAGUGAUUGGACGGCUUGCUUGGCAGUGGGAAGAUCAGGUGGUGAGGCAAGAUCGCGCAACCCGAACAUGGCACGGUAUCGUUCGAACAAUGGCAGAUUCGUGUCGAGGAGUGUUUUCUCUAGGUCAGGAAUCGAAGGCUCUUUCGCAGUCAAGGGCAUGGGCGGGGCCGGGUCAAUGGACGUGAAAU